UUAUAUUCUAUGGAAAAUCUUAUAAGAAAGGUUAUGUUUUCUAUAUAAAUAUUUAAAAUAUUCAAUAAGAACUUUCAAGAAAUUCUUGAAAUUUUAGCGUUUCUACAAUGUCCAAAAAAUCAGCCGAUAAAGCGCUGAGCCUGCUGAGGUAUUUACCCAGAGUUUGCCUUGGUAAUAUUCGAAAUAACCCAGGAGCAAACAAGAAAUCAACCAGAGGCAGGGCACAACACGGAGGAGAUACACAUGGAGAUGGUAAUAAGGGUUCAGGUCAAAGACAAAAUUUUAUGAGACUAGGUUAUGAGACAGGAAAUAAUCCGUUUUAUUUGAGAUUUCCACAUGAAGCUUAUUACAGAAAUCACCAUUUAAAGAGGCAGUACCCACCUUUAUCUUUGGAUAAACUGCAAUUACUCAUUGAGACCAAUAGGAUCGAUUCAUCCAAACCAAUAGAUUUAGUUUCAAUUAUGAACAGUGGCUUAUUUAUAUUGAAACCAGAUCAACAUCAAUUUGGAUUUCAAUUAACAGAUGAAGGUGCAAAUAUUUUUAACUGUAAAGUCAACAUAGAAGUACAAUGGGCAAGCGAACUUGUUAUAGCUGCUGUUGAAAAAGCUGGAGGUACAAUAACAACAGCUUAUUAUGAUCAACAUAGUUUACAGGCUAUGAUAAACCCUAAAAAAUUCUUCGAGAGAGGUUUGCCAAUUCCUCGAAGAAUGAUUCCACCACCAGAUGCAAUUGAGUACUACUCUGAUCCUUCAAAAAGGGGUUAUUUAGCGGACCCAGAAAAAGUUUCAGAAGAACGUUUGGUAUUAGCUCAGAAGUAUGGAUAUACCUUACCUAACAUAGAAAACGACAGAGAUUAUGAUAUGUUGACAGAACGUAAGGACCCUAGACAAAUUUUCUUUGGUCUAAACCCAGGAUGGGUUGUGAAUGUAAAAGAUGGAGUGAUUAUGAAGCCAUUGAAUGAUGAACUCAAAGAAUUUUAUGUAUCAUAAUCAUGUAAAUAAAGUGAAUUGUAAAGAACUUUUUCAACAAAGAUAUGUGAAAUAAAGACACAUGAAAUCUAAA